GUGGGCGCUGACGGAGACUGAGCGCACGGACCCGGGACAAGGCCCCUGGACCCCGAGGCGGCGAGGCUGCGGCGCGGCGCCCCCUGGAGGCCGCGGGACCCCUUGCCGGUCGGCGCAGGCGCGGCGGGUUCGGGCGCGGGCAUGGCGCUGUGCGCGGAGGACCGGGCGCUGGUGCGCGCCCUGUGGAGGAAGCUGGGCAGCAACGUCGGCGUCUACACGACAGAGGCCCUGGAGAGGACCUUCCUGGCCUUCCCCGCCACGAAGACCUACUUCUCUCACCUGGACCUGAGCCCCGGCUCCGCCCAGGUCAGAGCCCACGGCCAGAAGGUGGCGGACGCGCUGAGCCUCGCGGUGGAGCGCCUGGACGACCUGCCCCGCGCGCUGUCCGCGCUGAGCCACCUGCACGCGCGCCAGCUGCGAGUGGACCCAGCCAGCUUCCAGCUCCUCGGCCACUGCCUGCUGGUCACCCUCGCCCGGCAUUACCCCGGAGACUUCAGCCCCGCGCUGCAGGCGUCGCUGGACAAGUUCCUGAGCCACGUGAUCUCGGCGCUGGCUUCCGAGUACCAGUGAACUACGGGUGGGUGUCCGCGGGACCCCCAGGCGACCCUCCCCGUGUUUGAGUAAAGCCCCCCAAACCUCAGUCUU